CAUAUGAUUUUUGAUGACUUAAUAAUUGAAUGUUUUGUGCGUUUUGUUUAUAUAUUAAAUAAUUGAAGUCAUUGUUUGAAUUAUACGUUAAGACAUGUAUUGAAUGGAUAGACACGAGUCUACAGCCAGUGAUGGCCUAUCAAUAGGUCGUCUCAAGAUUGCAGUCAACCAACUGAUAGAGCUAUCGAUUCCCUAUCAUCUAAAUGACAUCCGAAGACAUAAACAAUUGAUUGAUAAGUAUCGACAAACCAAAGAAACACAUCUACUAUUGAAGGAACAGAUUAGUGGAUCACAGAGUGUUCACAGACUUGAGGCCGAUAUCAGACAAUUGGAAGAAUUGAUGAAACAAAUAAAUCCAUCGCAAGAACCGCUUAUUUACCAACAGGUUAUCAAUAUUAAGACAAAUGUGUUUUCAGUCAUUAAAGAGUUUAUUGAAACAAACGAAGAUUUUAAUGAACCAUUGAGUGGUUUGUUUGUUGACAAUGAAGAUCAACCACAAGAUAACCAAAACAACGAAUUGAAUGCAAAUUUGCAGUUAAGAGAAGAGAUCGCCGAUAGAAAUCUGUUUCUGAAAUCAUGGCAAACACUUAGUAAAGAAUUAGUUGAUUUGAAUGAGAUGUUCAACUCUAUUGUGACCACAAUUAAGGGACAAAAAGAGAGAGUGGACUCAAUUGAAUCCAAUAUAGAUGUGGCCCAUGAAAACACUUUAAGUGGUGCACAACAUCUCCAAAAGGCAUCAGUUUUGAAGGCGACUAUAGUUCCGUUAACUACCGGAUUAAUAACCGGUGCAGUGAUGGGACCGAUCGGAAUGUUGGCCGGGUUUAAGUUUGCUGGUAUUGCCUCCGCUGUCGGCGGCGGACUACUUGGUUAUUCGGGAAUGAAAUUGAUUCAAAAGAAAUCGAUUACUAAUGAAGAAAUUGAAUUGGUUUCGGAUAAUAACUCUUUGAGUGAUAAAAAACAGAGUUAACAGU